AAUAGAGGCAGCGAGACGUCUCACACAUAUUGGGAACCACACACACGCACUCUCUUUCUCACACACAAAAAUACACUCUCACACAGACACACACGAAAAUAACAGUGAAGACACGGAGAAAUAAAAACACUGUCUGGGAACAAAGCGACACAUACAGACAGGAGCCCGCUGGCUGUGCUACUAUCGCUAUUUUUGGUGUCAUAUAAUAUCCCCGCUGUAUUUAUUUAUUUUGUACAUGUUUUUUUUCAGAGGAUUUUCUUAUUUUUGUUGUGGGCUGGAGACGCGUUUCUCGCGAGUCCAUCGUUUUUGUGUGUAUUUUUAUUUUUUUACAUUAAACAAAUACAUAUGAAAAUAUGUGCCAGACUGGGGUUAUUAUCGCUGGUAUUAAGUAAAUGUUAUUACCCCACAUCCUUGUCGUGUUUUAGGGGUUAUUGUUAAUUUCUUAGUUCCUGAGGCGCUGGAGGACGUUUCGUCAUGAUGAAUUGAAAGGAAGGAAGGCUUUUUUUUAAACCUCGUCUGGUUUUUUUUGCCUUUCUCCCGAUGUAGACUAAAAGACUUUUUUGGGAGGAAAAAAAGAAACAAACAUCAACUGGAAUACAUUUUUGGAGGGAGCUGGGAUUAUUUUUUUCUGGAACUGAACGGGAGAAACAAAAGCUUCCAUACUUGUGUUAGUCACUGUUUAUUUAUUGGAAAGUGAAACAAUGAUAAAAAACAUUUCUGAGCAUCUAACUGCUUACAGCAUGGUGGCGGUGAACAAAAAACUAUAAAUAACCAGUAAUAUCCGCAAAAACUAAUCGGAACUGAGAUAACUGGUUAUCGGUAUCUGGAUAUUUUGUAUUCUUAUUUUGCAUAGUUUUUAUUUAUUUACAACAUCAAAACGGAUUUUCCUUGCCGCAAGAAAGAACAGGACCUGCCAGUUUUUAUCAAGCCGAGGUUUAUUUAAGUAUUGUUAUUCGGCACACAUUUGGGGAUUCCGGGAGUAUUAUUGCACACCUUUUGCAAUUUACUGCUUCAGUCCAGUCUUUUGUUUUAUCAUUGAAAAAUAUCCUCAAUAUUUAGGAAUAGCUGGGAGAUCAGAAUAGUUUAUGAAUGGAGUUAUGAACACAAACUAUUUGAAUUUAUUAUUAAUCAAUUCUGGAUCUGUGUUUUUUGUCUUGUAGCUACGGCGAGGGGAUUUACUGUUAUUUAAUAAAACCGGCACAACAUGGACCUGUUUUGGAUGGAAACACACAUUGGCUGCCUGUAGGAAUACGGUACUGAAACACGGCAUUUUUUGUUUGAAUCGGUUCGGAUCUGGACCUCCUCAACCAGAUCUCAGGAAACUCGUUUUGGAUUUACAGAUAUAGUUAAAUUUACUCGUUAUUUUGACACUGAUAUUGAGUUAUAAAACCAGUCUAUUUUGAGUUAUCUUCACCUCGGGUUCGGUCGCGCAUUUCUGCGUGUUUGUGGAUAUCAUUUAUUUUAGAAUUUGAUAUUUGUCGUGUUUCUCGUGGUGAUAGUGACCCGAUUCGGCUCGGCUCGGUCUCAGUACCGGUCCCGGAUUCCGUCAUGCCCAGCUCUGUCGAGCCGCUUCGCGGAGGAUCAUGACUGCUGCAGCGAACUGGGUGGCUAACGGGGCGAGCCUUGAGGACUGCCAUUCCAACCUCUUUUCACUGGCCGAGCUGACUGGUAUCAAAUGGCGUCGGUACAGUUUCCAUGGGAACGGGGAGUGCGGCCCGGUGAUCUCGGCGCCGGCCCAGGACGACCCCAUCCUGCGCAGCUUCACGCGCUGUGUCCACGCCAACCUGCUCUGUGUGUGGCGCCGGGAUGUCAAACCCGACGCCAAGGAGCUGUGGAUCUUCUGGUGGGGGGAGGACCCCAACCUCGCUGACAUCAUCCACCAUGAGCUGGAGGUGGCGGAGGAGGGGCUGUGGGAGAGUGGGCUGUCUUACGAGUGCAGGACGCUCCUCUUCAAGGCCAUCCAUAAUCUUCUGGAGAGGUGUCUCAUGGACAAAAGCUUUGUGCGGAUUGGGAAAUGGUUUGUCAAGCCUUAUGGGAAGGAUGAGAAAACUGUGAAUAACAGUGAGCACCUGUCCUGCGCGUUUACAUUCUUCCUGCACGGUGAAAGCAAUGUCUGCACAAGUGUGGAGAUCGCUCAGCACCAGCCGGUGUACCUGAUCAAUGAAGAGCACAUCACCAUCGCCCAGAGCAGAGCAGCCCCCUGCCAAGUGAUUCUGAGCCCCUAUGGCCUGAGCGGGACCCUCACUGGCCAGGCCUACAAGAUGUCUGACCCGGCGGCCCGCAAGCUGAUGGAGGAGUGGUGCUACUUCUACCCCAUGGUGCUGCGCAGGAGGGAGAGCGAGCGGGCCGACGGGGAGCCAGGCUACGACAACAGCAGCCACGUGGCGGUGGAGGUCAUUGUGGGUGGUGUGCGGAUGGUGUACCCCUCUGCCUUUGUGCUCAUUGCUCAGAGCGAGCUCCCUGUGGCUCAGCCCUCCCCCAGCGCAAUACUGCGGGACCCCACAGGCUGCAGCAUCCCCCUGACCCCCCCUAGCUCCCCGGAGCAGACCUGCACAGGUGACAGUGGGAUCCAGACAGCGAUCAGCAGCCUGCCAGGACAGGAGCCGGGCAUCAUGACCAGCCCCAAGCAUUCGGGGAGAAAACUGGCCAACCAGACUGUUCAGCAGGUGUGGAAGGAGUGCUACCGGAACAGAACGCAGCACAAGAGGUCCAACACUGGCAACACGACCCCUGAGGAGGAAAUGCCAGCGUGGGGCUUCACCGACCCUAUGGAGCGAGUGCCCUGCUGCUGUUCAAGACACAAGCUACAGAAGCAGCGCCAAGCCACUGUAGUAGGCCGCACCCCCUCGAACCCUCAGCCAGGCUGCAACCCCACCCCUCCUGCUGCCCCCUCCCUCCCCCCUCCCACACCCCUCAAGCACAAGGCAGCCGACAAACCUGAGAAGAUAGACAAACAGCCCAAGAAACAGGCACCGAUCCCCUUCCACCAUCGCCCCCUCUUCUGUGAAGAUCUCUGCCUGGAUCAGGAUCCCAGAGCUGGACCCAAGCUGGGAUCCAUAGACCCCCCCACUGAGGUUCCCCCUGACCGCAAGUACUCCAAGCAGCUCCCCCCUCCCGGUAAAGCCCUUGAUUCCCCCCCGCACUCCCCGGCCUCCCCUCUGCCCCCCACCCUCAGCCCGCACCCUCGGGGGCAGGACUCGGAUGGGCGGGAGCCUGGUGUGGGGAUGCCCAUGUACCAGGAGCUCCUACCAGGCCGCAAGCUGCCUGAUCUGAGUGAGACGGCUCUAUAUGCGCCCCCGCUGUGCUCCGGCGAGGAUGGGGGAGGCUGGUGGAGAGGCUACAAGACCCCUAACGCAGAGGACUCCGAGUUCAGAACCCCUGAACUGCUUCCCGAAUGCAGAGAGAUAAAAAUGGAGGCUGUGAAUGAGGGGGCCGCCCUGAAAAGGCUCUUCGCUCAGCCCCACAAGCGUUUCAAGAUGUGUGAGGAGCGUGUCCGUGAGCAGGUGCAGAUGGGGGCCGAGGGGCUGGGGGACCCCUGUGACCCUUACACCUUCAUGGAUGGAGAGAUUGAGUACAGCUUCACUGCCAGCAAGAGAGGAAGAGGGCAGAGCCAGGAGAGAGACCCCUGCAGGAAGACAAAGGCGGAAGACGGCAACUCUACCCCAGUGCCUGAUGGGAAAGACGCUAUGUCAAUUUUUAGCUCUGCUCCUAAGUCAGAAGAGCCACAGGAGGACAGUGCUGCAGCCAAAGCCAUCCUUAACCCCAGCCUGACCAGGGAGACUGACCUUGUGGUCCUCAUCUCUGACCUGGAGAACAUAUUCGACAACUCUGACUCGGACGAGCUGGGGACCUCCUCCCCAACACGCCGGUCCUUGAAGGCCGCCACCUUGGGAUCUGAAGAUCGCCCCCUGGGGAAAGACUGUAGAACUGCAGUGCCAUAUCAUCCAACAGUGGCAGAUCUGCAGCGCAUGUUCCCCACGCCCCCCUCUCUGGAGCAGCACCCUGCCUUCUCUCCUGUCAUGACAUACCGGGAUGCGCUGGGCUCGGAGCCUGCCAACCUGGCCAGCAUAGAGACCCCCUUGAGCACGCUUGCCAGCGCCCCCCUCUCUGCCUUCAGGAUGGAGGUAGAGGAAGGCAUGGCCAGCCCCAAGCCGGAGGAGAUCAAGGAUUUUUCCUUUGUGUUCCGGCCGCCCCAAGUGCAGUCCCUGAUUGGUUCGUCCAUGUUCGCCCCCCUGAGGACCCUCCCCAGCCAGUGUCUCCCCCCCCUCAAGAUCCCAGAGUCCUGCUGCUACCGGCCGCCCUGGUCCGUGCCCCCUAAGAUCGAACAGCUGCCCCUGACUCCACAUGCUCCCUUCAGUCGAGACGGAUAUGUCAAUGUGCCUAGCGUGGGAAGCCUGAUGGAGCAGGACUACAUUCAGAUGAACACGCCCCAGACCAGCACGCCAGCAGCAGUUAACAGUGCAGCCUCUGCCAGCAAUACUGCUGUCCAGCCCUCCCCCUCCCCAGCCACCCCUCGCUUCUCCGUGCCCACCCCUCGCACCCCCCGCACGCCCAGGGGAGGAGGGGCCGCCAGCGGGCAGGGGUCAAUCAAGUACGACGGGACGGAUCUCUGCUCCCCAGCCUCCACUCCCUCCACUAGCCGACCGCUCAGCUCUGUGGAGCCCUCGGCUCUGGCCCCUCUGCCUGAGGCACACAGUCUGUACGUGGUGCUCAUCCUGUCCGACUCUGUGCUCAACAUUUUCAAGGACCGCAACUUCGACAGCUGCUGCAUCUGCGCCUGUAAUAUGAAUGUGAAGGGGGCCGACGUGGGGCUGUACAUCCCUGACUCCACACGGGAAGACCAGUACCGCUGCAUGUGCGGCUUCAGUGCCAUCGUCAACCGUCGCCUCGCUCAUGCCGCGGGCCUCUUCCUGGAAGAUGAGCUGGAUAUCUUCGGCCGGGGCUCGGAGAUGGGCCAGGCAGCUGAGCGGAGAUUGGCACUGUGCUGCAGGACCUCCCCGCUCGGAGAGCCUGCCAGCAAGCGCCCUCCAGACCCCCCCACGGCUCUGCUGAUGCUGCUGCAGGAGCAGUGCUCCCAGCCCCUUUCCUCCCUCAGCUCCCUGGACCUCCCCACUACCUGCUCCUGCCCUGGCCGCCAGGGGGCUCUCUCGCAGAGCUGGGCUGCUGAGAAGUUGUGGGCAGAUGGGAGUGACUCUUGUGUGGAGUGUUUUAAUGCGCUGGAACAGGGGCAGCAGUAUGUGGAUAACCCGGCUGGGGGCAAAGUGGACCAGGCCCUUGUGAGGAGCAGCGCUCUGCAUGACUGGCCUCAUAACAGCGUGCUGGAUGUCAGCGCGCUGUCCUCGCAGGAUGUGGUGCGCAUGCUGCUGUCCCUGCAGCCCUUCCUGCAGGACGCCAUCCAGAAGAAAAGGACCGGCCGGACCUGGGAGAACAUCCAGCACGUGCAGGGCCCGCUCACCUGGCAGCAGUUCCACAAGAUGGCCGGCCGCGGCUCCUAUGGUUCGGAGGAGUCCCCGGAGCCGCUCCCCAUCCCCACUCUGCUGGUGGGCUAUGACCGGGACUUCCUGGCUCUAUCCCCCUUAGCCCUGCCCUUCUGGGAGAAGCUGCUGCUGGAGCCGUACGGGGGCCAGAGAGACACUGCCUUCCUGGUGGUGUGUCCCGACAGCGAGGCCCUGAUCAGCGGGGCUAAGAUCUUCUUCAGGGACCUGAGCUCUGUCUACGAGGCCUGCCGGCUGGGACAGCACCGGCCCCUCGCCAAGGUGUCCCGGGACGGUCUGGUGCGCGUGGGCUCCCUGUCAUCCAGGCGCCUGGAGGAGGAGCCGGUGGAUGAGUGGUUCAGUCAGCCCUGGGGGAGCAAUGGGGAUGAGGACAACCUGACCAAACUGCGGCUCUACGCACACACCUGCAGACACCAGCUGGCACCUCAGCUUGCAGCGCUGUCACUAGACAGCACCCUGCUCCUGCCUCCCAAACCCCAGCCCCCAACAGUGCCCCCUACAGGCCAGUCCACACCAAGCUCCCUGCCACCCGCUCCACUGCCCACAGGACAUACUUCCACCCAUACCCCCCCAGCCGCGUCGCGGGGUCGUCCCCACCUCCCACUCAGGGCUCGAGCAACAGGGCAACACGAAAGCCAGGAGAGCUCUGCAGAGAGGGAGCGAAUCGGAAUCCCCACUGAGCCGGAGUCAGCAGACAGCCACGCCCACCCUCCGUCGAUUGUGGUUUACGUGGUGGACCCCUUCCAGAACGAGGCUGCCGAGGAGGCGGAGCCUGGCAGUGUGUGGCUGCUGGGACUGCUGCGCUGCUACACUGACAUCCUGCAGAGCCUGCCUGACACCCUGAAACCAGCCCUAGUACUGCAGCUGGUGCCCUGCCAGUACCUGCUUCAGCCUGUGAAGGAUGAGCGCUCCCACUACAUCCAGCACCUGCGAUCGCUGGCCUUCUCUACCUACUCACAGUGCCGGCGCCUACUCCCCACGCAGAUACACAUCAAGAGUCUCACCGGCUUCGGACCAGCCGCCACCAUCGACACCGUGCUCAAGAACACAGAGAGGCCCAGUCCUCUGCAGCUGUACUCUCCCCCCUUUGUGCUGGGACCAAUGAGGAACCGGCAGCUGGAGAUGGGGGAAGCAGCGGGGGAGGCUGCUCAGCGCUACAGUGUUCUCUUGGUGGGGUACUGCCUGUCCCACGACCAGCGCUGGCUGCUGGUUUCCUGCACAGACCUGCACGGGGAUCUGCUGGAGACCUGCGUCAUCAACAUUGACGUGCCAAACCGGGCUCGCAGGACGAAAGUUUCUGCCAGGAAGAUGGGCUUGCAGAAGGUCUGGGAAUGGUGUGUGGGCAUCAUCCAGAUGACAUCACAGCCAUGGAGGAUAGUGAUUGGCCGGUUGGGGCGUCUGGGUCAUGGAGAACUUAAGGACUGGAGUAUCCUCCUGGGAGAGUGCUCUCUUCAGUCCAUCAGUCGGCAGCUGAAAGAGACGUGUCGAAUGUGUGGGAUCUCAGCCUGCGACUCCCCCUCUAUCCUCAGUGCCUGCCUGGUCGCCAUGGAGCCCCAGGGAUCCUUCGUCGUGAUGCCAGACGCAGUGACCAUGGGCUCUGUGUUCGGCCGCAGCACUGCCCUCAACCUGCAGACCUCUCAGCUCAACACCCCGCAGGAUGCCUCUUGCACGCACAUCCUGGUCUUCCCCACCUCCGCCACCACCCAGGUGGCACCCGGGACCUACCCCAUAGAAGACAACCAAGAUGACAUGUUUGACAUCCCGUUCCCGGACGAGCUGGAGAACGACAUUGGGAAUGAUAUGAUGCUGAUCACCUCCUCCCCUGUCCCGUCCCCGGGGUCCCCCUCGGGGAUUGGGGGCGGCUCCCACUUCCAGCACAGCCGGAGUCAAGGAGAGAGGCUGCUGUCCCGGGAGGCCCCGGAGGAGCUCAAGCAGCAGCCGCUGGCUCUCGGCUACUAUGUCUCCACUGCCAGGGCUGACAACCUGCCCCAGUGGUUCUGGGCAUCCUGCCCGCAAGCACAGUACCAGUGCCCACUCUUUCUCAAGGCUUCCCUUCAUCACCACAUCUCGGUAGCUCACACAGACGAGCUCAUCUUGAACAAAAACUCCCAAAGGACCCCCCACCCGCUCGACUCUAAGACCACCUCUGAUGUGUUGAGGUUUGUCCUGGAGCAGUACAACUCCCUUUCCUGGCUCACCUGCAGCCCUGCCACCCAGGACCGCCGCUCCUGCCUGCCCGUCCACUUUGUGGUCCUCACACAGAUGUACAAUGCCAUCCUGAACAUGCUUUAGCAGAGGGAGAGGGCACGCUGCCCAAUCCUCCAUAUGAAUAUUUAAAAAAAAUGAAGAUGCCGCCAUUUCUGAGCUGGUAAAGAGGCUCGGUGCACUGACAGGGAAAGCCACACUGGCUGACCAUCUGCACUUAAGUGCUUUGAGAGUAAACCUAGCAAGGGCUGCAUCCUGUUAAGACAGGGUCCCAUUUGAGGAGCACCAGUCCAUUCCUACUGGACUAAAGAAUGGAUUCAAUCCAAUACAGCACCCAUGGUACUGCCCAGUUCUGCUGCACUAUCCAAUCACAUUUCCAGACAUAGAAAGAAACAACUCUAAAACCAAACUCGCUUUUUACCCGAGUCUCCUAAUUGAUGAUGAAAGGCAUGAGAGACAGGUGAAUUAGUCUGCUGUACCCCCUAGACCCUUAUGGACAUCAAGACAGUCUUUCUUGAGAGAGGCCCAGACUGAAUGGCAGGCAGGGGGUGUUCAGGUCAGGUACAAGGUGUGGCAAAGUGCCUGCCUCACUGUAACCAGCGCCACUGCCUCUCAACUUUCAUGAGCACUACUCAGAAGCACCAACGUGAAGGGAACAUUUAAAAAACAUUUAAUAAUCACUUAUUUUAAAACACAUUUUAGAUACCCUGGAAAGACUGAAUAUUGCAAUAGAGAAGUAGGUGUAGUAUUUUUCAUAAUUCAUUCUAAAUCUUAAUGACGACAUGUAGAGUUUCCCCACACAUCUUUGCUGGUUUCUCCCAAGUCAAUCCAGCCAACCACUGUUGUAUCGUUUAAAGAGAUUUCAUGUCUUAUUAACACAUGUCCUAGCUGAUAUCAUCCUUACCAUAGAAUACAGUGUUUCAUUUGAGAAGUGGAUCUGGCUUUAAACCUCAAAAUCUACAGUUAAAACUUUCUGUUAAGUGUGCGAUUGUCUGCUUAAAAAAACAUACACAAAACUGUCAAACAUAUUGGGUAAUGCCUUCAUCGGUGUUGUCUUAGAAUGAAGUUGUUUGAUUUUGGCAUGGAUUAUUUCAGCAGAUGGAAAAAAAUUUAGCCAAAUUCUGGGCAGGACUGCAGCUAAGUAAUUGAUCAGUAGUCCAUCUGCUCCUGAGACAUGCUUAAACAUAGACUUCUGUGUAACUUAAUGCUUACAGAUGGAUUCAUAAAACUUAGCGUGAGUUUUAAGGAGCUAUAGUCAAACAAACAUAUUACCUUUUCUUUCCACUCAAGACAUCUUGGUUUUGAAAGCUAUUUUAUACAGUCUUUACUGAUCACAAUACCAGUGAGAAUCCUUUAUCAAAAAUGGUUUCUUACUAGUACUUUGGUACUGUAACAAUAAUGAAUUGUAUAAGGUCAAGCAUGUAUAUUCAGACUACGGUUUAAUUGUGCCAAAAAAACCAAAACAUAAUAAAGAAGAUAAAUAAAAGUAAAUCAUUAAAUAUGGUUUACAAAUGGCUUAGAGAAAUCCGUUUUACCUGUGUUAAAAGUGCAUAUUGCACUAAUUAAAUAAAUAGUUGUCUAUAAUAUAAUCUGUCCAGCUAUUUACAGUAUAAAGCAGGUUUCAGUUCAGGCUUGUAUUAGUUAAACAAGAAUAAUAUAGUACACAGCAGCAAGACUAGCGCACUCCAAUUAACAUUAGUUUUGAAUUUCCUUAACUAAGGUAACAGUAGGUCAUCCAGGAUUAGUGUUAAUCAGGGUCUAUGAAACCAAUCAUUGAGGUUUGGAGGAGAGGGACAAGUUGUAGCCUCUGCUUUUAUGAAUAUAGCACUAAGUGUUGGACAGUUGUUGAAAGUCACGCUGAGUUGUGUGAAUCCAGGUGUUUGCAUGACUGUCUUUGGAAACAUGCUUGGGACAGGGUACUGUGUAUACUGCUCUAUUCCACUGCUGUGUCUUUAUUGUGUGCUUUCACUUCCAGACAAGCUCAAAUCCCAGUAAAGAAAAGUGGCCACCCUCUAUGAAAUCCCAGCCAUGCUAGCAUGCAUGACUGGAAAGCUGUCCGGUAGUCGGCAAUGCUGGUUCAGUAGUCAAUUUAUAAAGUUAAGUGCUUGAUGUCUACAUUCUCUGGAAUGCCUCAAAUGGGAUAUUUGUUUUUGUCAGUGUUGUAAUUAAUAAUGCCAGCCCAAGAACGGUGUUCAUUAAACUCUCAUGGUGAAGUUCUUCCAGUUUUGAAACACAGUUGCAGCUCAGAUGUCUUGCACUGCUUACCUUAGGAAGUAUUUUUGAUUCAAAGUGUUGCGACUGUCUUGUGAUACUUGAUUUUUGUGUUCAGCAAGAACCUAAAGAAACAUAAAAAUCAGGGGGAGAUGAACUACAUCUAAUUUGUAAAGUGAUACAUUUGAGGCACUGUGUUUUUUAAAGGUGACUCUUAUUAUAUCUAACUGUAGAUAUAAACCGAAAUUUAAGAAGAAAAAAUUGUUGUGAAUAGUGUAAAAUUGACAUUUAAAAGAAUUCUGAGCUAUUUUUUAUUAAUCAAAACAUAAAAAAAUGAGAAAAAAACGCAAGGCCUUUAUUAAAUAGAAUUUAAAAAAUAAAGUUAAUAAAUCUUUGUAAAGUAGUCACAUUUGUAUUUUUUAAGUUUUCACUUUUUGUCUUCUUCCCUCCCUGAAUC